AUGGGUAAUCUGACCACAAUCAAAGAAUUCCUCCUGCUGGGAUUCGGGAGUCUCCACGGGUUACAGUUUUUUCUUUUUGGGCUAUUUCUGGGAAUGUAUGUAGUGACUUUGCUGGGGAACCUUCUUAUCCUUAUCGUCAUUUCUCUUGAUCGUAACCUCCAAACCCCCAUGUACUUCUUUCUGUCCAAUUUCUCCUUCCUUGAGAUCUGGUACACUACCUCUAUUGCUCCUAAGAUGCUGCAGACCCUUCUCUUCGGUCCCAGGGUGAUUUCUUUUGUGGGCUGUGUGGUCCAGUUUUACUUCUUCGGCUCCAUGGCAGUAGUUGAGUGCUUCCUUCUGACCGCCAUGUCUUACGACCGCUACCUUGCCAUCUGCAGCCCCCUGCAGUACCCAUCGCUCAUGAACCUCCACACGUGUGUCCUGCUUGCAGGCGGGUCUUGGCUGGGUGGCUUCCUAACGCCUGUGGUCACUGUUGCCAUGACUUUUCAGCUGCCAUUCUGUGCAACCUAUAAGAUCGACCACUUCUUCUGUGACCUGGCCCCUGUGCUGAAGCUGGCCUGCUCUGAUACUGAGACCGUGGAGAAAACCACCUUCCUCCUGGCCUCCUUCGUCACCAUGGUGCCCUUCUUACUCACCGUAGCCUCCUAUAUGCACAUUGUGGCUGCUGUCCUCAGGAUUCCAUCAGCUGCAGGAAAGCAACGAGCCUUCGCCACCUGCUCCUCCCACCUCACAGUGGUCACUCUGUACUACGGAACACUGGGAACAGUGUAUGCCAUCCCCACAGCAACCCAGACUGCUGUCCUGAACAAGAUCUUCUCCUUGUUCUACACUGUGGUCACUCCCAUGGUCAACCCCAUCGUGUACAGCCUGAGAAACAAGGAUGUUCAAGAGGCAGUGAGACGGCUUAUGAGUCAGUGGGCAUCUGCUAAGGGGAGCUCAGGGCCCCCACCACCCCCAGGGAGUCUUUUUGUUCUCAGAACAGCCUGGGCUUCUAUGAAGGACGCCAAGCACUAG